AUGGAUGAUACGUUAACUAUAUCAAUUGACUUCAUAGAUGAUCAAAUACAACAAUAUGAUUUCAAUGAACCAUUGAUUAUUGGUAUCAGUGGACCUCAAGGAUCAGGUAAAUCAUAUUUAACUAAUCAAUUAUAUAAUUAUUUACAAACCAAAUAUCAUCCGAAUCUCAAAACUAUACAAUUUUCAAUGGAUGAUUUUUAUUUAUGUAAAUCAGAUCAAGAUAAACUCAAUGAUUCCACAGAAAAUCCAUUAUUAAAAGGUCGAGGAUUACCUGGAACUCAUGAAUUGUCAUUAUUAGUUGAUACAUUUAAUAAAUUGAUCAAUAAUUAUAAACAAUUUAAAAAGUCACACUUGGAAAGUGAAAGUGAAAGUGAAAGUGAUUGGGAAGUGAUUAAAAUACCAAGUUAUGAUAAAGGAGCAUUUAAUGGUAUAGGUGAUCGAUCUAAUGACAAGUAUCAUACAUUAAUUGAAUCACCAAUAGAUAUAAUUAUUUUUGAAGGUUGGUUUAAUGGAUUUUAUUCAUUAGAUCCUACCAUUUUACAAUUAAAAUAUUUAACGUCAUCACCAUCACCAUCACCAACACCAACACCAGAAAACAACAACAAUCAUAUAUCAUUACAAUCGUUUAAAUUAUAUGAUUUACAAGAAAUCAAUAAAAACUUACAAAAUUAUGAAUCAUUAAUUUGGUCAUUUUUCAGAAUUUCUAUAAUUUUUCAAACUGAUCAAAUAAAUAAUGUAUAUCCUUGGAGAUUACAACAGGAACAUGAAUUAAUUGCCAAACAACAGCAACAACAACAACAACAAAAAUCCGUUGAAGGAACAUGUGACCAAGUUGGUAUGAAAAAUGAUGAUGAAAUAAUCAAAUUUAUUGAUCGAUAUAUGCCAAUUUAUUUAUUAUAUUAUGAAAAUUUAUGUGAUUAUGGAAUUAAACAUUGUAAAAAUUUGAUUAUAUCAAUUGAUUCUAAUAGGAGAGUUAUCAAGAAUCGAGUUUUAAAUAAUGUGUAA